ACAAAAGCGUACCUUUGUGCAUAGUAUACCUCAGCCUUUGUGUAAGAGUGACAAAAAUGUACAUAUGGUGGAUGGCGAAUAAAUUAUAGUGGGCACUAUACUUGAUAUUAUUUUUUACAUUAGAGCUGACUUAAUUAACUCUACCUGGAAAAUUAUGAAGUCAAUGAGCCUUCAAGAGCGACAUAAUUAUAUUUUAAAGAAAUUCAUUAUAUCUGAUAAAUCCUUCGAAGGCAAGAAGAAUUCUUAUGACAUUCAUAUAAUAAAGGAACAUCAUCGAUUUUUAUGGGAUGACAACGAAUUAAGUGAUGGUAAUAAUUCAUGGGAAGUUUGUAUGGCUAGACGCUACUAUAACAAAUUAUUUAAGGAAUAUUGCAUAGCAGAUUUAACUCUACACAAGGAAAAUAAAGUUGCAUUGCGUUGGCGUACGAGAGAUGAAGUAGUUUUAGGUAAAGGGCAGUUUCAAUGUGGAAGUAGGAAAUGUGAACAAAGAGAAAAUUUGAGCAGUUGGGAAGUAAAUUUUGCUUAUCACGAGCAAGGAGAGAAUAAAAAUGCGUUAGUAAAGUUGCGACUAUGUGCGAAUCAUUCGAAGCAGUUAAAUUUCACUUCACGAAAACGGGAAGUUAAGCGUUUAAAAAAGUGUUCUGCUACAAAGGGGCAUAUGCUGCGAAAAAAUCAAGGAAAUGCUCAAGUAGCAAGUUGUUUUGGAAAUAUUGUAUCUGAAGCAAAAGAAGAAAAUGAAACCGGGAACAGGAUAUGGAACCGCAGAACAAAUGUAGAAUUAGAGCAACCAUCCCGUGAAAUUGAAUUUGAACGCUAUUUAGAAGAUCUUCUUUUAUAGUUUAUGGUAACCCCUGUCUAUUGAUUAAUUUUAUAACAUAAUAUUGAUUCAUGAAAUAUUUUUACUCCACCAUAUGAAUGUUCAUAAAACUGUUAUGCCAAUUUCUGAUAGGAAUGGAAGGGCCCAUAAUGCACACACUUUUAAAAUAACUACGAAUAUGUAGGGAUGCAAAGUGCAUAAAAUUGAUAAUCCAAAUUUGUGUAUUUAAACUUUUUAUUAUAUUAACAAAAGCGGUCCAAAAUAUGUUGGCAAUUAUAAUUCAAAUGUAUAUACAGUAUUCUUAAAAACUUGAAUCAGUAACAAAAGCUUUCUAAUAAAAUUAUAUGGUCUUCAAUUCAUUUUUUACAACAGGUAUUUAAAUAUGUUUAAAAUAUUCUUUGUUUUAUUAGCCUAGUGCGCAAAGUUAUGCAGAAGGGAUAAAAACCGUCUUGUGAAAAGAAAAAUUAUUCUCUGAUACAUCAAUUAUAAUUGUUCUCAAAUUGCGUUAUAUUUGCAUUUUUAUUUUUUUGUACCAUUGUUUUAUAUUGGCAAUUUUUUUGCAACUAUGUUUAUAACCCUUACCACACCAAGACCAAAAUUUAAAAAAAAAACACUAAAUUAAAAACGUUGUUAUAUUAAUAGUAUUUUACUGUUUUUAAAUACAUAUAUUAAGUUAAUGACGGAAACUGUUUAUAAUUGUUUUAAGCUUUAUAAAGUUGCUUGAAGCUCAAUAAAUUGUUUAAGUACAUAUAUGUAUAUUAAUAAAACUUCAACUGCAUAAACAUUUAAA